CAAAUACAAAUAAAUCAAAUUAGUGAUCUGGAGCGAAAUCGUAGCGGCGGUAAUGCAAAACGAAUAAUCUAUUGACGCCUUGACGGAAACGGGUUUCAGCGUCGACGGAAGGAGGGGCUGGCUCCGAAGAUGUGAUUGGUUAUGCUUUGGCGAGAAACAAAGACAAAAUUGACGAGGACAAUGUUCGAACCCCUAAAUUUUGGAUUUUUCUUCUUGCUUGCUUCUUCUCUUCAUCCGUCUUCUUUCGAUGUCCGAGGAGGCGAUUGGCGGGCGUUUUAGCUUCCUUUAUUUUCCACAAGUAACGUUGCAGUUGUAGAUCUCGAAAAGUUAUGCGGAAUAAAAAAAAAAUUUAUGACGUUCGGAUUUUGUAGCACAAAGUUAAGGCCGCCCAAAGUUUGACGAAAUCAAAAAAAGACUCGUUCGGGGUAGCAAAUGACGUUUUUUCGAGACGAAAAGCGGGACCAAACCGCCUACGGCUGUUUGCGGCUUGCAAGAUCUCGAAAAGUUAUUUGGAUUAAAAAAAAAAUCGAUACGAUCGGAUACCCGGGUCCAAAGUAACGUUCGCUUGAAGUUCCGGCCGAAAUUAGGAGUUGAUCGAAAAAAAAAAAGGACCAAACCACUGGGUGGGGUGGCGGUUUGGUCCAAAACCGCCAGCCCACCCAACGGUUUGGUCCGGUUUCCAAAAUCGCCGCUUCGCCCUGCGGUUUGCAUAGAAAACCGUGCUUCCGCCCAGCAGUUUUCGUGAUGCAAACCGCAGGGUGGGAUGGCGAUUUUUUAAAAAGGAUGGUAUUUUUGGAAUUUUUUGAAAUUGAGUGAUAUUUUUGGAAUAUUUUUUUAAACAGUGGUACUUUUGAAUUUUUUUCACAAUAAGAAGCCAAAACCAAAUAAUAUAAUAGCAUCUUCAACUUGAACCACAUACUUUUCAAGGAUUCUAUGAGACGAGUAACAAACAUCACUUCAAGGUACGGGCUUCCAGAUCAAUUUGCCAGCACAGCACUUAGCCCGCAGCAAAGUGCGGCUUCUCCGAGACUAAUUAAUACAUAAAGGAUGUACUUAGAAACUAGCAAGCAAGCACAGGAGCAGAGAGACACCAUACCAAACCAUGAAUUUGAAGGUAGCUUUUGUCGGCUGAUGGAAUGUUGUUUUAAAGAAGUCUCAGAAGUCUCAGCCACCCAGUGCAAGUGUGCAACUCCUUUCCUCUGCCUUCUCCCAUUCGGCAUGCCGCUCGAUUAUGAAUAGCGUGCAGGGUAUUUUAAGGUGGACCAUUUUUUUUUUUAAUUUUAGGUAUUAUAUGGGUUUGUGAGAAACACAUUUAUUUAGAGUUUCUAUUAUUAUAUUAAGUAGGAUAAUUAUAAUAUGGUUAGUAGAGAUUUAGUCGUAUUAGGAUUAUUAUUAGGGUUUUCCAGUAUUUCCCUAUAAAUAUGUACUUUGGGUUUACGUCAUAAUCAAUCAAGAACAAUAUUAAGAAGAAUCUCCUUAAACCCUAGUUUAUCCUCUCAACUCCUAAUUUCUCGUCUCAUCCUAGUCCAAGGCGUCGGCCGAUUCCCAAUUCUAUUCUUUCUCAUCUAAAUCCCUAAUUCCUUAUCUCAAUCCCUAAAUCCCUCUUUGUUACGUAUAAUCCCGAGUGCCGAAGAUCAGUAUCGAGAAUCCCUAGAAGCGAGGUUCUCACAGUGGUAUCAGAGCCCGGUUGCAGGCACUCGUACCAUGGUUUCGACCAACUUCGAAGAGCUCUUAAUCAACGAACUCACAAGGAUUCUGAAGUUGAAGCUGGAAGAGGUAUGGAGGAACAAGCUUACCUCGUCCUUACCGCAGCCCGGGAAAAUUGCACAGGAUUUGAUGGCGGCGAAUAAACCGGCCAGAAAAGACACGCCAACACCACCAAUCAUCGUUGUCGUGAAGACCGAGAGCGAGCCACUACAAUCACCACCGAUAUCGGGAUUGCUUGCCGCUGAAAUCGUCGCUACUCCGCACAAGGAGGAACGGGGCAAAGCUUCAAAGACGACGGUCCCUAUGAUGGUCGAAGAAGAAGAGGGAUCGGCUGGCGAGACCCUUGAAGAUCGACAACAUCCCUUGGCGCUCUUUCAAAUCACCUCCCGAUCACCACCAACCACCACCAAUGUUGUCCCAACGUCAAUCGAGGCUGCUCCCAGAUCACCGUCAGUCGAAUUGAAUCUCCCAAUUGACUGGUGGAAGUUCAGAAAGAAGCAGCGAAGCCCCAAAGAUGGAUGUGAUCAUGAGAAGUCGUCCAUGGCAGAAGGCGACAAGGCUGAAAAGUCGGUGCUGCGGCAAUCGGAGCCGGUAGCCGACAAGGAGACCGCCGGGAGAAGCUCCACCACCGUCACCCUUGAUUGGAACGACCAGGGUUCAGAUGAGCUGCUCGGAGACGGCGGGUCCCCACGUCAACAAUGACCGGCGACCUGGGACCGAGUUGGCGACGACGAUGAGUAGCGUGGCCUCAGGAUCUAGACGCCACCGCCUGGCGAACUGCCCAACGUCGGAGAAGAAGAGGGACCGCUGGAGGGACCGUCGGAGGGACCUGGCGGCGUUCGACUGGAAGCCGGAGAAGGAGCUUCUCAUCGGCAUCGACCGACGAGGCAGAGAGGAGGCGAUGUACCACCGGUCUUGGUCGCUGACGCCGUCAAUUGAGCAAGUAGCUUGGCGAUCGGCUACGGGCCCCCGAGUGGUGACGACGAACUCAUCAUAAAAGGAGAAGAAGUUGGAGGAGAAAGAGGCAGAGCUCGCCCACUGGAGUUGUUUGCCUGUGGCGUCAAUCGACGUAGAGGCGGGGUUGGAGAUGAGGCCGGAAGUGGGUGGAUCUUCGGGUCGACGGCUGGGCGGUCCGCCGCCGGGAGAGGUGGUAAUGGAGGAGGCGCUGCCGGCGGAGAAGACGACUGUAGACACCACAUUUUGUCCGGAGCAAUCAUGCUAAUUAUAUAUAUAACUAAUUGUGCAUCACAAUAAUUUUUGGAAAGAAAGUUGAAACAUUUUG